UAAAAAAAAACAAAAAAAGGAAAAAGAAAAAGAAAGCAAAGACUAAAGUUUUAACCAAAAUUCGUAGAUCUGAUUUUUGUCCAAAUAAUCCAAAUUAGGUCAAGUUCCAAGUUCCUGGUCCGAUUUCAUAUUUUCAUUACCAGUUACGUCGAUUCCGAGAUCUUUGGGAAAAGAGAAAAACCCUAGAGCGAUGUUCCGACUGGAGCAGGAGAAAGAUCCGGAAACGACUUUGAUGUUUUGAGUUCUGAGAGGAAAUUCAGUUAGAGAGAAUUCGAAGGGGUUCGCCAUGGCCGACGCGCUCUCUGUCAUUCCCGCCUCCGUGCUUCGCAAUCUCUCCGACAAGCUCUACGAGAAGCGCAAGAAUGCCGCUCUUGAGGUCGAGGGAAUCGUGAAGCAGCUCGCGGCGGCUGGGGAUCACGACAAGAUUACGUCGGUGAUCAAUUUGUUGAUUAUGGAAUUUACGCUUUCGGCGCAAGCGAAUUACCGGAAGGGAGGAUUGAUAGGGUUAGCUGCUGCAACAGUUGGAUUGACUACUGAAGCGGCUCAACAUCUUGACGUAAGGGGCCUAGUUAAGUUUAACUUUUACCAGUUGCUCUUUGUGGCCGGGAUUACAUUUAAGAUUGGUGCUGGAUCAAAAUGA